UUAAAAAAAACGAUUGGAUUGCCUAAGAAUGUUUAUAACAUCCGUAACAAAACGUUACCCAUAUUUUUACAGUUUCAGUUGCAUGCGUUUGUUUUGCCACCUACCUCUCUUCUCAUAAAUGAAAAAUAAUAUCCUCCAUUUAACACCACAGAGGGGAAAAGAAACUAAAUAUAGCCAAAGUAACAUUGGAAAACACAAAAAGAAAAUUCAUGGAAACCAAAAAUUUUCCCUCUCUCUUCUCUUUAUUUUUCUUGUAAUGGCAAUUUCUCUUUUCUCUUUGAUCAUCUUCAUGUCAUAUUGUAUCAAUCUUUCUUAUGCAGACCCUAGAACUGAAAUUGUUGCACGGAUAUGUGGAAAAGAACAUGUUCAAAACGUAUCAAAUUACUUCAUGUACUACUCCCGAAUCACAGAUUACAUGCAGGAUGAAAUUUAUCGUAACAAGUUUGCAUUUAAGGACGUAGGAAAGCCACCUGAUCGGUUGUAUGUUCUUUCUCAAUGCAUGGAUGAUCUCUCUGCCGAUGAAUGUGUUGUUUGCUUUACGCAGAUCAAUACCCUAAUCCCAGGUUGCUUUCCCAACACCGGUGGCCGCGUUUAUCUUGAUGGAUGUUUUAUUAGAGUUGAGAAUUAUACUUUCUAUCGCGAAGCCUUGGGGAAUCAAGAUACUAAAAGGUGCGGCCCUGAUGCAAACACUGCACAAGAAUUCAGAGAAGCAGUAGAGAAAGUGCUGGAGGGAUUAUUACUAAAGGCACCAACAGCUGGACCAAUUCGGAGAGGCUUUGCAAUGCAGCAUGAGAGUGCACAGGGCAUGGCAGCAUAUGGCAUGGCCAGUUGCUGGAAGAUUUUGGACACAGAUUUGUGCUAUACUUGCCUGUCUGACGCAAUUGCAUCCGCCUUGUCUUGCCUUCCGUCUACAGAAGCACGCGUGCUUAAUGCUGGAUGUUUUCUCCGUUAUGCUGAUUUCCUAUUCGCAAAUGAAACCCCUGGUGAAUCAAGAGGAGACAUAUUUUCAUACAUCGCGUAUAUUUUUGGCAUUGUCAUAGCCUGCUUAACGGCGAUAGGCAUUGGAGUAUGUGUUGGCAAACAUACUUACAGAAGAAAGAAUGGUAUAAAAGCAAUAAGAGGAAUGGAGGACUUAUUAUUACUAGAUGAAGGGCGGCAAUUCUUGCAGUUCAACUAUGCAACAAUACGAGCAGCAACAGAAAAUUUUAACGAAGUUCUCAGGCUUGGCCAAGGAGGAUUUGGUGAAGUAUAUAAAGGCACCUUGCCAGAUGGUAGAGAAAUCGCCAUAAAGCGUCUGUACGUUGGUAGAAAGAAUGGAGUUGUGGAAAUCUGCAAUGAAAUGGACAUUAUUAGUAGAGCUCAACACAAGAACUUGGUUCGGUUUCUUGGUUGUUGUUUCACUAGUAUGGAUAGCUUUCUUGUCUAUGAAUAUCUAGCUAAUAGAAGCCUUGAUCUCAUGCUAUUUGAUCCAGCAAAGAAGAAAGAACUCACUUGGGAAAAGAGGCUUCUAAUUAUCACAGGAACAGCAGAAGGUUUAGAGUACCUCCACAAGGAUUGCCAAGUGCGAAUUAUUCAUCGAGACAUUAAAGCUAGUAAUGUCUUACUAGACUUGAAAUAUAAAGCAAAAAUCUCAGACUUCGGAUUGGCUAGAUUUUAUUCUUGUGAUCAUUCCUUGAUCAACACAGCAAUUGCUGGAACACUAGGUUAUAUGGCUCCUGAAUACAUCGCCAAAGGAAGAUUAACAGAGAAAGUUGAUGUUUAUAGCUUUGGAGUUCUUGUAAUCGAAAUAGUAACAGGUGUAGAAAACAACAAGCAUCAAUCUGAGGAUCUAUAUGAAACCCUAGUUUCCCAUUCAUGGAAACACUUCAAAUCAAACUCAAUACCAGAAAUCAUCGACCCAAGUAUGGAGAUAGAAGACAUUGAAGAGAUUGAAAGAGUGAUCCAAAUUGGUCUGCUGUGCACUCAAGAAUCGCCAAGCUCACGACCAACAAUGACAAAAGUGGUUCAAAUGCUCAGAAGAAAGGAUCUUGAAGUGCCUCGACCAUCGAAGCCCCCUUUCACAGAUGAACACAUGGAAUUAUGUUAUUUAGGUACUGAUUAUCAACGAAGACAUUCUACUUCUGAUUAGUUAACUAGUGUACAUGUAUAUAUAUUAUAUAUAUAAUUCCCACAAAUUCUUUUAGCAAUUUUUUCCUG